UUUUCUUGAUAUUAAAGAGAAGAGUGAUAAUACUGGUUUAAAGCGUAUUUUAUAUAAAAAUGGAGCGUGAUUUCAAUGACGUUCUCAAUGAUAUCGUAUUUGCAGAUAAUAGAUAUCGACAGAUGGGUUUUACUCGUGGUUUCAGCUUGGGAGAAGAGGCAGGAUGGAGGGAAGGCUAUACAUUAGGGCUUCAGAAGGGUGCUCAACUGGCAUCAGAAUUAGGUUUCUACCAGGGUUUUGUUCAUGCUUGGAUCACUGUUCUGGAGAAGGAUGAGACUACUAAGCAGAGAAAGCUAGUUGCUCUGAGAUCACUCUUGGAGAUGACAAAAAGUUUUCCUAAGACAAAUGUACCAGACCAAGACUUUGUGGAAAGAAUCCAGAAAAUCAGAGCAAAGUUCAAGCAGGUAUUAUCUCUGUUGGACGUCAAUAGCUCUUGUGAUCCUGAACCUGAAGAUGAACGACCAGAAAUGUCAUUUUAAAACAUAUUGAUGGAGUAGGUUUUUGUUAUUUUCAGAGAUUUGGUGUGAUGUUUCACUUUCAGGUACUUUCUUUCCAGAAAGCAAUGCUAGAACAGAUUGAUCACCGCAUUUCAAUUUUCCAGUCUUAAUCCUAUUGGCUGAAAUGUACAAAACUUGUAAAGUAAUAUGGUGCAGUUUUUAAACACGUAUAAGCUGUGUAAAUAAAUCUACAUAGUCAUAAUAUAACUUUUCAAAAAAAAGAAAAUUUGAUGCGCCAAUUGCUUUUUCACCCAUAGAAGUUUGUAGAAUUUUUUGGUCCAGUCCAUUUAUGAAAAUGUGUGCAAUUUUUGUCUCAGUACCAUUAUUUAAGGAAAUUUAAACCUUUUGAUGUGUAAGGCAUCAUAGUGUCUAUUAGUUUCUAUGUGCUACAAGUGUGAAUAAUAUUGGCUGAAAAAACUUCAUUUAUAUUUUUUUGUGUGAUAUUGUACUGUGAAUAUGUAUUUAUUUUAGGAAAAUUAUUUUAUACAUGCUCUGAUUUGCAUGAAAGUCACUAGCUAUCUGUAGCCUAAACAUUUGAUAAUCCUAUACUCUCAGGGUGUGAAAGUAAGUCAUUUAAAUUAAUUUGAAAGAAAGAUAGUAUUUUUAUUUUUUUUUAAAUAAUAAAUGAAAUUACUUUUUAUUUGAAUCACUAUAUAUCAGAUGUAAUUACUUACGUGUUUCAAAUCAGUGUUCCCAAAUGUUUUUGUCUGAGGACCACCUGAAUUUUUGUUUGUGGUGGGGAGGGCUUGGUAGAUCACAUAAUAAAAGUAUAAUUUAAUGAAGCAAUAAGAGUAUAGAAAUCACUAUAAUCAUAGUAUUAACCACUGACUUACCUUUCUACAUUUUAAUAUGAUGGGUGCACUUGUUUUUGUGAACAAAAUUCUUUAAUGUUAGGUGUAAUGUUUGUCAGCUUUUGCCUCAUGUUAGGUUCAGCAUUCAUUCUGCUUUUGUAUUUAAACUUCAAGGCCAUAAGUGGUGAAAAUUUCAUCUUGCACUGGUAUGUAGAAACAAAUGGCUUCAGAAAACAAACUUCUUUAUCUGCAAGUUCCAGGUAUUUUUCAGUUCUCAGAAUCCAAAAAUAAUAUUGGAUUUCUUUUAAUAUCUGAACGUAAUGUUCCAUUGCGAAAAAGCUUCAACAAGCACUUUUCUUCUUUUGGAGAGAAACCAGUUGGCAGGUCAUUAUUUUACAAUGCACAAAAUUCUCAAGUAAAGAAUACCUUUUGCCAUUUGAACUCAAAAGCUAUACAGACUUUUUCAUGUAAUUUAUACAUAUUCCUCUGGCUUAUAUAGCUGAACUUUCAAGGUCUCAGGUUUGCUCCAGGGUCCAGAGACUUUUCCUUUCCACUGAUCACCUGAAGGGGGUUCAUGGACCACAGUUUUAGAACCUUUAUUUUAGCUGAUGUUGAUUUGUUGAGAUGAGUGAUCAUAGUUUUACAGUUAGAAGACCCAAUACAAAUUUUAUGCAACUGAACUAAGAAGCACAUAGAACAUAGCAGGAGACUAUGAUGUCUUGACUUCUAAUAGUGAGAAACUUUUACAGUUAGAAAGCCCACUACAAAUUUUAUGUAACUCAAACAAAAAACCUAUAGAACAUAGCUAGAAACUAUGAUGUCUUGCUUUCUAAUAGUGGAAAAGUUGCUACUAAUGGAAACUAAGAUUCGACUUUCUUAUUUUAAUAUAUCUUCAAUCCUGAAAGUCCCUUUUUUUCCAUACAUGUAAUGUUAUUUCAUAGUUAAAAAUCCAUUGUAUCAAAGAAUUUUCUUAUAAAAAACCUGUGUAAAAAAAUAGCAGUUGAAAAAAGCUACGUUUAAUAAUCAAAAAGUUGAACAUUAUGAUUAUUGAAUUUCAUGCUAAUAUUUUCUUGUUUGUAUUAUAUUAAGGUACCUGAAUUAAACUUUGGAAAAAGCCAUGUCAUAAAGAACUACAUUGAAAGUAAUGAAAUGUAUGUUGUAUUUAAAAUAUGCCUAUAGUCUGUUACAAAGAUAUAAUGAUGUGGUAACGUUAUGAUUGUGUGAUACUGAGUAAUGUUAUUUAUAUGUUAGUGGUAAAUAAUGGUUAUUCUAAUGUAUUUGAUGAAAAAUAUGGCUACCAAAGGUGUUUAAGUUUUCAUUUUUUGUAUAGAUUAAAAUUAGUUCAAUUUUAUAUCAGGUAAAUAAGAUUUUUUUUUUGCCAAGUCUUUUACUUUCUUAAAAAACAAAGAUCUUUUACAGAUCAUUCUUUUGCAAAAGUUAAAAGCUUUAAAAUAUUUCUAUUUCUGGUGAUAAAUGAAAAAGCCCUAAAAUAUGGAGUCUGUUUAAGAUUUCUUGAAAAUUAUAUACAAGAGUUUUGAAAGCUUACACUCUUGUUUAAUAAUAUAUUUGUAUUUUGAUAAGUACGUAAAGACUAGGUCCUUAUUUUUUUCUGUAGAUAAUACUGCAUUUAACAAGUACUGUGCAUUCUGUUUCUGUCAGCAAAUAAUGUAAUAUGUUGUAUUUAAAACAUUUUCAGAACAGCAAGGUGGGAAUUCCUAGACAGGUGUAAAAUUUAGCUUUAACCUUUACAUUAGAUACCUUGUUUUUUAAGAUUUGAUUUUUCAUUACCUAUAACAAAUACAUGUAUUUUAUGUAAGGUACUAAUUGCAGAAUACAAAUAAUUAUUUUGUAUGGUUUCUGUUUGCUUCGUUUUUUUUAUUCUGACAUAUAUACAAAUCUCAUAUGACUGCAAAACAUUGAAUUUGUGUAGCCAGCUAUGUAAAUGCAAGAUAUUUAUUGAAAAUAUUUUAAAAGACCCUAAAAAGUUCUCUGUUUGGGAUAAAAAGUAACUAUAGGAGGUUUUUUUGGUGUGUGUGUGUGUUUCAAUAAAUUUUAAUAGUUUUACAUUAAUUGUGUGCAGAAAUGUAUAGAUUAUUACUUAGCCUGUGUAACUAAUACUAAAGUAUACAAUACGUAUAAAAUAUAUAUUUGUGUGUAGCAGUUUUUGAUGAGAGAACUUUUUUUAAAUGUAGCCCACGUGUAUAUGGGCUGAAUAAUUUUCAAAGAUUAGCUAUGAAAAAUGGAUAGGGUUUGUUUUUUGGGUCAAGAGAAUCUUCAUUUACACAAUUGUUGCUUUAUACCUUCCAGCCUUAAUUUUAUUUUCAAAAUCCAUAUAUCAACAAAAAAUGUCAAGAUUAUUUUCUUGUAGAUGAUUUCCAUUAUUGUGAGCCAGUUUUUUUUUAUUAUAACACAUUCUUCAAAGCUGUCAUAUGCUGAUAUAAAUGAUUGAAUCCUACAGUAAUUAGAUGAAUAGUUGUAGGUAGAGUUUGUUUUAGUGAACUUUUAUUCUGUAAUUUUUAUUUAGGAAUUACAUUACUGUUUUUUAUUCUACAUGUAAUUACAUAUAUAAUUACUUAGUAGAAAUUCUGUAAAUGUUUUAUUAAACAUAUAAGAAACUAAACAACAUUAAAUCAGGAUUUUAUAGUCAUAAUCAUACAUGUGUAAACCCAGUGAUGUUUAAAGAUUCCAUUGCACUUCCAGCAGUUACUUACAAAAUAUCUUGAAAGUAAUUAUUCUGUGAACCAGUCCAAGAUUCAUAGCAUAGUUUUUUAAGGGUUCUACAGUCCUGUUGCUGUAUAAAAACAGAGUAAUGUGUAGUUUACACAGAGCUGUACUGUAACUUUUCCAUAACUGUUUAAGGUCAAAGCUUCCUAGCAGAUUCACUAUAGUUAUUCAAUAUGAAACUACUGUUAAGUGAAUCAGUAAAAAGUGAAAGACGUAAUUAUAGUGUGCAAAUUCAGUAGGUCUUUAAAUAAUCUAUCUUUACUGUAAGUUUAACAGCAGGGGUUACAUUGAAAAAUGCUUUCAUAGUCAAACUUCCUUAAGUACCUUUUUCUUCUGCAAAAUAUACAGUUUUGUACAUGUGUACUAAUGGCAUAGAACAUCAUUAAUAUACAGAUAUAUGCUUAGAUUUUCUACUAAGUUUUAUGAAACCCUCCAUAUGUGUUUUUUUUUUCAAAGUCUUCUUUUUUAUUUAAUGAAAAUAUUUAUAUAUACACUGAUAAUAUGUUUUAUAUCUUAGGCUUAAAAAUGUUGGUCAUUUCUGUGUCUUAUCAACGAAGCUUAAUCGUGAUGAUGUAUACAUUUAAUUCAGUUUCAGCUUUUCUACAGUAAAGGUCUUUGGUAGUUUAACAAGUCUAAAACUUUUGGUGAGCGUCUGAAAGAUACUGUCAUCUGGUUUAUUUCAAAUUGUUUCUUAAGAUAAAACAUGUAUAUUCUGAGGUAUUAAAAAUUUGAAAAUGUCUAUCCAGACUGAUUAAAGAUUUUUGAAGAUACAAGAUAAAACUUAUAAUACAAAGCUUUAAAAUAUGUCUAUAGUGUGAUCUUAAUCACCUUAUUUUUUUCUGAUAACCUUGAUAUUGCUAAGAAACUUAGUAAAGCUGGAGGCUUGGUGCUUCUGUACAUAUAAUUCCAGUUCCUACUCAAGACAUAGUAUGUGAAAGUUAACUUGUUACUAACUCUACAUUCCAAAAUGCUUUUCACUCACAAAAACAUCUAAAGUUAUUGUAGCCUUUUAUUAAGUUGUUUUUCAACAGGACCAAAUAAUGUUACUUCACAAAUAUUUCAAAUAUAAAUUUCUUGUUUAUGAUAAGAAAAAUGUAGUCUCCAUAGUAUUUUGUAACAGAAAUAUAGUUGUAUUAUAUAUACUGUUAGGUGGUACAUUUUUGUUCAAGUAUCUUUUAUUAUGUAUGUUU